CAUGGAGGGUCAGGAUGAGCUGUCAGACUGCAGGGAGUGCCACGCAGGGAAGGCCUGCACACAGGUGGCUCUGAAAGCUCCGGAUGUGGACUGCAUGCAGGGGUUCGUGUGUCCACUUGGCUCAACCAAGCCUAAUUUGCCGACAAACGCUUGUCCAGCGGGGACGCAGAGCAAUCGCACGGACCUCACCCACCGCUCACAAUGUCAGAUGUGUCCGGCCAGAUACGCCUGUCUUCGAGGUACAGGCGGACCUCAGAGACCACCUCUCUCCUGCUUCGCGGGACAUUAUUGUCCACCUGGGUCGAAAUUCCCCUCGCAGUUCAAGUGUCCAAUGGGCACCUGGAGUGGUCACAGCGGUUUGGAAUCUGAAAGCGAGUGCCAGCCGUGCCCAGCGGGCUGGUACUGCCUGGCGGGGUCGGGAUCUCCAUCCGGGCGAUGCAGCUCAGGCCACUACUGUCCAGCAGGGACGGCGUACGGCACUCAGUUUCCAUGCCCUGCAGGCACCUUCAGCAUCCACAUGGGCAGCAGGCAGAAAGAAGAUUGUCUGAUCUGUCCUGAUGGCUCCUUCUGCAGAGAAGGCACAUCGAAGCCGUCGCCCUGUCCACCCUCCACUUUUCGCCGGCAGAAAGGAGGCCAGACGCCAGAGGACUGCUCGGCUUGUCCUGCAGGCUAUUUUUGUUCCCGUUCAGCCACUGUCAACCCCCGAGUGUGCGGAGCUGGGAGCUUCUCUGACGAAGGCUCUGUGGAGUGUUCCCCAUGUCUCCCGGGCUACUACUGCAGUAAUGAGACCACAAGUGAGGAGGCAAUGCGAAGCAUCAUGGUCUGCCCUGCAGGCUUUCUCUGCUCGCAGGGUUUAUCCAGAGACCCCCAGCGCUCAGCAACCCUCUGUCCCGUUGGAUUUUUCUGCCCUGGAGGAGGCAUUGAUCCUAACCCAGUACCUUGCCCCAAUGGUACGUACGGUGAAAGCCCUGGUUUGCAAAACGUAGCGCAGUGUCGCCCAUGUCCUGCUGGGAUGUACUGUUACGCUGAGCGGCCGCUGGAGCAACCGAUAACAAGACCUACUGGCGUGUGUCCAGACGGACACUACUGCCCAUCAGGCACAGGAUACCCACAGACUUACCCGUGUCAAGCAGGAUUCUACAGCAGUAUCAGUGUCGGCCACAGCGGGAAGGAGUGUGUUUCAUGUCCAGCACAGCACUACUGUGGGAGACCGGGCGUUCACACUCCCGCUCGCUGCCCUCAGGGCUUUUUCUGUCCUGUGGGAACUUCAAGACCACAUCCGUGUCCUGAAGGGACGUAUGGCUCCCGUCCCGCUCUCAGUGACCAGUCAGAAUGCACCCCCUGUGGAGGAGGCCGGUACUGCUCAGGUGUGGGACUCACUGGACCAUCGGGAGACUGUCAGCAGCGCUUCUACUGCAGAGAGGGAGCCACGUCAGCUACUCCCAUCGAUGGCUCGACUGGAGGUUUGUGUCCUGCGGGAAGCUACUGUCCUCCAGCCUCCUCCGCUCCAUUUCCGUGCCCUCCCGGCUCCUUCAGCAACAACACGGGCCUCACACAGCCACAGGACUGCACCCCGUGUCCACCUGGCUUCUACUGUUUAGGGUCAGGUAACACGGCACCCUCAGGUCCGUGCUCUCCUGGGUUCUACUGCUCAGGUGGGGCGUCUUCUCCGGUUCAGUUUGAGGCAGGCGAAGGUCAUUAUUCUCUGGGUGGAGCCGUCAGAGCCGAACCAUGUCCACUUGGCACCUUCCAAUCAAGUCGGGGUACACAGUCUUGCGUGGGGUGCCUCAGAGGCAGACUGUGCAACAGGACCGGCUGGUCUCUCCCACCGCUCUGCCCACCUGGACAUUACUGUCCUCCCGGGACUUCUGUGGCUCACCCUUGUCCUCCGGGCUCGUACCUCGACCAGUCAGGUGGGGACGAUGUGCAACGUUGCAGACAGUGUGAGGCGGGAUGGUUCUGCAACGGAGCGGGACUUUCCGCACCUCAAGGCUUGUGUGAGGCGGGACACUACUGCACUGCUGGGGCGUCUACUCCCACCCCAGUGGAUGUGGCCUCUGGUGGUGUCUGCCCCGCAGGAUAUGUUUGCCCAAGAGGGACCAAGUUUCCCCAUCAGCACCCGUGCCCCCCGGGGACCUGGAGCGGCACUGCUGGAGCGCACAACCUGACCUACUGCCAGAAGUGCCCGCCUGGACGCUACUGCAGCGGCGCCGGACUCACUGGACCCUCUGGUGUAUGUGAUGCAGGGUUUUUCUGUAUCCAAGGCGCCAGAACUCCGACUCCCUCAGAUGGUGUGGCGGGGAAUAUUUGUCCUGUUGGACAUUACUGUUCAAAGGGCUCCUCCUCCCCGAGAGUUUGUCCCGAUGGCACUUUCUCCAACUCGACUGGGGCGGAGGCGUGCGCUGACUGCCCCCCGGGAACCUACUGUUUGUCCGGAGAGGGGGUCAGACCCUGCCCCGCCGGGCACUUCUGUCUCGGAGGGGGUGUUGAGGCCAUCCUACCGUGUCCUCCUGGAACAUACAGCCCUCAGAUAGGGCUGAGUCAGGUGGAGCAAUGCCUCAUGUGUCCAGCAGGUUUCUACUGUGAGGACUGGGGUCUCUUCGAGCCCACAGGACCUUGUCAAGCUGGCUACUACUGCACAGCAGGUGUGAACUUUCUGCGUCCAGACGGAAACUUCAGCACAGGAGUUGGAGGAGCGUGUCCGAGAGGAAAGUACUGUCCGGAGGGAACAGGUCUCCCCGUUCCUUGUCCCCCGGGGACGUCCUCACACAGCCUUCAUCUCACAGAUUCAUCAGGUUGCAGCUCGUGCCCCGGUGGGAUGUUCUGCAGUGGGUGGGGCUUAACCUCCCCCACUGGAACGUGUGUGGCGGGAUUCUACUGCCCGGGUGGAGACUCCUCAGCAACAGGUUCUGACGUCUGCCCGCCUGCUCACUACUGCCCGGAAGGCACUUUAAGUCCAAUUCCCUGCCCAGCUGGUUCCUUCGCCAACCGCACAGGCCACGCCGUGUGUCAGCGCUGCCCUGCUGGGUACUACUGUCCAGAGAAAACACAGAGUUUCAUGGAGUUUCCCUGCCCACCGGGAUUCUAUUGCCCUGAUGGUACUCGGCACGCCUCCCAGUAUCCCUGUCCUCGAGGCUACUACAACCCCGAGCCCAUGACUCAAAGUCUAGACAGCUGCCUGCCAUGUCCUCCGGGCCACUACUGUGAGAAGGAGAGGCUGACUAGAGCGUCUGGCAAAUGCAAGGGCGGUUGGUUCUGCGUUUCUGCUGCAUGGAACUCGCAGCCCUUCGACCUGGACAACUACACAAAUGCCAACUGUCUAUGCCCAGCUACUUCCACCGGAGGGCGCUGUCAAGCUGGUUUCUACUGCCCAUCAGGCAGCUCUGAGCCCCUUCCAUGUCCCCCUGGAGCCUUCUGUAACAUCUCAGGUUUGGCUUUGCCCACGGGUCCCUGCUCCGCCGGCUUCUACUGCGCAGGUGGAGCCACCGACGCCAGACCCACUGACGGUGACACGGGAAACAUCUGCCCACCUGGAACAUUCUGUGUUGAAGGCUCCGGGGAGCCUGAGCUGUGUCCAGCAGGAACCUUUUCCCCGGUGGCAGGUCUCACCGGUGAGGCUGGCUGUCGACGGUGUACGGCGGGGUUCUACUGUGGAGAGCCGGGACUCAGGGCCCCGACUGGCCCCUGCAGUGUUGGAUACUGGUGCCCCUCGGGUCAGUCAUUAGCUACAGCUUUACCUUGUCCGGUCGGGCAUUUCUGCCCGCAGGGUGCUUCCUCUCCGAGGCCUUGUCCACCAGGGACUUACCAGGACAGAGAACGUCAAGAAUCCUGCUCCCUCUGCUGGGCAGGCUUUUCCUGCGAUUCGAUGACGAGUCAGAGCAAUGUCUCUCUGCCGAAGCCGUGCCCCUCUGGACACUACUGUCCGCUCGGCACAUCGGCACCAAAACUGCACCCCUGCCCUAAAGGCACGUUCAACCCGCUAGAGGGAUCAGAGAGCAUGGCCGACUGCUUGCUGUGCUCCAGGGGAGAGUUCUGUCCUUCUGCAGGGCUCACGCAGCCAGCAGGGGCAUGUCAUGCCGGAUACUGGUGCCGAACUGGUUCAUCCUCUCCCACGCCACUGGAUGAGAUCACAGGGUCACUGUGUCCGGCGGGACAUUUUUGCCCCACAGGAGCCCUGGCUCCUGAGGCCUGUCCUGAGGGAAGCUGGUCCAACAGCUCCGGCCUGCGUGGUGAAGAGCAGUGUAAACCCUGUCCGGGGGGACACUUCUGUGACUCUCGUGGCUCAGCUUCGCCGACCGGCCCCUGUCAUGGAGGAUACUACUGUCUAAGUGGGGCUUCAUCUUCGACCCCAACUGAUGGAGUGACUGGAGGACCCUGCCCUGAGGGUCACUACUGCCCUGAAGGAAGUGUUGAGCCACUGCCGUGCCAGCCGGGGACGUACACGGUCGUGACACAUGCCACCCGGUGUGAGCCCUGCAUGGCCGGCUGGCACUGCCGGAGCAGAUCCUUCUACCUGUGUCCUGCAGGGUUCUUCUGUCCUGAAGGCACUGGGCUGGACCCCAAAAGCUGUCCGGAGGGAACUUAUGGGCCUGACCGCGGGUACUCCUCUGUCUCGGAGUGCAGGCGCUGUGACGGCGGCCAUUACUGCUCUUCCAGAAAUGCCACAGCCGUCACUGGACCAUGCCAGGCAGGAUAUUACUGCUCAGGUGGAAACUCUUCGCCACGUCCACAGGCUGUGGCAGCAGCAGAGCAGGGAGGACCAUGUCCUGCUGGUCAUUAUUGUCCCGAGGCCACGGCCCAUCCCUUACCUUGUCCUCGCGGAACGUUCUCCAAUCUCACCAAAUUAGCCUCAAAGGACCAAUGCCAGCCAUGUUUCCCUGGUUACUAUUGUGAUGCAGUGGCCCUUCUGGCGCCGACGGGGAAGUGCAGGGCAGGUUUCUUCUGUCUGGAGGGUGCAAGCCGCCCCGAUCCUCCCGGAGAAGACGGUCAUGGAGGACCAUGUCCCAAAGGUCAUUACUGUCCAGAAGCUUCCCCGGCUCCUCAGCCGUGUCCCGCGGGAGCCGUCAGCGCGCAGGCUGGCCAGCCGAGCUGCAGCACCUGUCCCCCGGGAUUUUACUGUCCUGGUGGUGUUAAUGGCUCACUUGACGAGUGUCCAGUGGGUCAUUACUGUCCGGCCGGAACCAGGUCCAAACACCAGCAUCCGUGUCCAGCUGGAUUCAUCAACCCCGGCACUCAGAAGGCGACGCCUCUGGACUGUUUACGCUGCCCGCCAGGUUUAUUCUGCGCGUCCCCUGGGCUGAGUGCUGCUUCAGGAGCGUGCGGCGCUGGUUAUUACUGCCUCUCUGGGGCCUGGUCGCCCACACCCAGUGACGGGGAGACAGGUGACAGUUGUCCUGAAGGUCACUACUGUCCCCAGGGCUCUUCCUCUCCACUGCCGUGCCCCGAAGGGUAUUACAGCAACACCACAGGAAACAGCAUUCCCUCCGAUUGCCUCCCAUGCCCCCCAGGACACUUGUGUUUCAGUAGAGGGCUCCCUUUCCCUUCUCAAGUCUGCCCAGCUGGCUCUUUCUGUCCCGGUGGUGGUGAUGGAAGCACUGCUUCAGUAGCCUGCUCAGCUGGAAAUAUGUGUCCCGCUGGAUCAUCCCAGCAGGUGCCCUGCCCACCGGGGACCUACCAGAACUCACCGGGCCAGGAAGAGUGUCUCCGCUGCCCUGCAGGGUUUUACUGCGACGGGUCAGCUGGCUCGGACACCAGCCGUCUGUCUGGAACUCAGCAGCCCACGCUGUGUCCCAAAGGCCACUACUGCCCACCAGGAGCAGAGUCUGCUGUGGCUUUUCCGUGCCCAGCUGGCACCUUCAGUGGGCAGAUGGGGUUAUCCAGCAUCUCAGGGUGCGAACCGUGUCCCCCGGGCAGCUACUGCGCCUCAUUUGGACUGGCUGCUCCAACUGGAGCCUGCUCUCCUGGUUACCUUUGCCUCCUCAGGUCGUUGUCCUCACAACCUGGAGACGGAGCAACCGGAGGCAGAUGUGCUGCAGGAUGGUACUGUCCCCAGGGUACCAGCUACAUGGUCCCCUGCCCCGCUGGCACCUUCAGCUCCGUCGCUGGUGCUGUGAAUUUAGAGGCUUGUCAGCUUUGUUUACCUGGUCAUUAUUGUGCUGAGGAUGGCCUGUCCUCACCAUCUGGACCCUGCAAGCCUGGCUUUUUCUGCACUGUUGGCUCCCCAACAGCCACUCCGUUAUGGAAUAUCUCAGUUGACGGCACUUGUCCAUCUUCCAACUCUGGUGUUCCUACCCUGGGUCGCUAUCAUGGCGACGUCUGUCCUGCAGGCCACUUUUGCCCUGGAGGGAGUGAAAAGCCGAGCCCUUGUCCUCCAGGCACAUUUCAGGGGAAGCAGGGAGCUGAGUCAGAGGAGGAUUGUAGACCUUGUUACCCAGGUUUCUACUGUCCCUCCUGGGCUCAGACGUCUGUCGACCACCUCUGUCCCGCCGGGUGGUUCUGUGGACAGGGGUCAGCAUCUGGACGUCAGCCAGGAUUCCGGUGUGAUCCCGGAUAUGCCUGCCCCUCGGGCAGCGCUGAGCCCGUCAUCUGUCGCCCUGGAACCUUUCAGUCGUCCUUCGGUGAAGCCACCUGUGGCACAUGUCCAGCAGGUUUUUACUGCACAGAAGGAGCAGCUGCACCGUGUCCCUGCCCAGUGGGAACCUUCAGUCCAUUAACUGGCAGCGCAUCCCUCAGUGAUUGCGUUCUCUGCACUUCUGGCUUCUUCUGUAACGCCAGCGCCAUAACAGAGCCGUCAGGACCGUGCGGCCGAGGACAUUUUUGUGCCCUGGGGUCCACUGAGUCGAAUCCUAUCGCUCGACCUCACGGAGAUGUUUGUCCUGUCGGGCACUUCUGCCCUCUCGGUAGCGGCUCCCCAAAGCCCUGCCCUGUUGGCAGCUUCCUUUCAGCGACUGGUGCUUUCUCGCCGCAUCACUGCCAACCAUGUCCACCGGGGCGAUACUGCCUCAGUCUUGGAGCUGCACGGCCCACAGGUCCAUGUGCGGCCGGCUUCUUCUGCUCCACAGGCUCUGAUAGCUCCACACCCAGCACUGGCCCUGCUCUCUUCCACUGUCUCCAUGAAGUACUGAGGGUCUACAGCUCCACAGACGACAUACUCUCAACACUCAAUAGCUCCAGUCCAAGUCCUGACAAUGGCGCCACCUGGGCGGAGAGGGAGAGGGAGCCAGCAACCUACUCUGACCACAGCGAGACACGUGUUGUGACUUCACAAUAUGGAUGUAACGCCUACAAAGGAGAUAUUUGCCCCAGGGGUUUCUACUGCCCUCUUGGCUCUGCAUACCCUGUCCUGUGUGAGGCUGGCUUCCACUGCAACCAGUCUGGUUUGGAGCGACCGGCAGGACCAUGUGAUGCUGGGUUCUACUGUCCAACAGGAUCUUUGAAUCCCACUGCUCAGCCUUGCCCAGCGGGACAUUACUGCCCCUCGGGAGCUCCUCUUCCUGUGCCUUGCCCGCUUGGUACAAUCCAACGCUCUGUUGGAGGUUCAGCAGCUGAAGACUGCCUGCCAUGUCCACCAGGUCGGUACUGCAACCACAGGGCUUCACUCGAGCCGGGAGGUCAGUGCUCCGAGGGCUUCUACUGUCCUGGAGGCCAAAGUAGUGAGCAACCGCUGGAGCAUCUAUGCUCACCCGGCCAUUACUGUGCAAAGGGCAGCGUCGCACCGUCAGCCUGUCCUCCAGGCAGCUACCAGCCCAGAGCAGGACAGGCCAGCUGUGAGCCGUGCCCCGCUGGAUUCCUUUGCCAGGAUGCAGGUACAACACUGCCACGUCGCUGCGCGGAAGGCUUUUACUGUCCCAGCGAGUCGGCCGUCCAGCAUCCAUGUCCAUCGGGACGCUACGGCAACAUGACUGGGUUGUUCGCGGAACACCAGUGUUUAUUGUGCGAUCCUGGGAUGUUCUGCAGUGGAACAGGAAAAACUGGCCCAAGUGGACAGUGUGCUGCAGGAUUCGUUUGUGUCGGUGGAGCCUCUGAACCUUCACCAUCAGAUGGACGGACUGGACUCCCAUGUCCCCCUGGAUUCUUCUGCUCCGCAGGGACCUUUGUGCCACAGCCGUGUCCAAAAGGAACUUUUAGCGAGAAGAGUGGGCUCACAGAUGAGUCUCAGUGUCAAAGCUGCAGGCCGGGAUUUUACUGUGCGGAGACCGGACUCUCUGCCGUCUCUGGUCCAUGUGUGGCAGGUUUUUAUUGCCUUGAAGGAUCUCACACGGCUGCACCGGGGUCCGGUCCGUCUGGACGUCUGUGUCCAAUUGGCCAUUACUGUGCCCAGGGAAGCAGCGUAGCAUCACCCUGCCCACCUGGAUCCUACCAGAAUGAGACUGGCGGAAAAGCUGAGGCAGACUGCAAGCCGUGUCCUCUCGGCUUCUUCCAGGAGUUAUCUGGACAGAGAGAGUGUAAUCCCUGCCCCCCUGGAUUCCACUGCCUUCCACAAAGCUCCAGCCCCUCGAGGGUGGCCUCUACUGGACUGUCAAGCCCGCUUCCUUGCCCUGCUGGCUACGUCUGCCCAAGGACGGGUCCAGAGAGUCGACCAGUGCCCUGCCCAAAAGGCACAUACAGUCCAGCCCUGGGUUUAAGCUCCUCAGGCGAGUGCCUUCUGUGUCCAGCCGGUAGCUUCUGCGGGUCAGAAGGAUUGGCUCAGCCCUCUGGUGCCUGCGUCCCUGGAUUUAUCUGUCUGGCCGGCGCCACGGUGCCUAACCCCAAUGACACUGCGACUGGGUCUCUCUGUCCGCCGGGUUUGUUCUGCAAACUUGGACAUGUCGCAGGUGACUGCUGGGCUGGGCAUUAUUGCAACCGGGGCUCCAGUCGACCAGACCAGGCCCUCUGUCCUGCUGGUUUCUUUUGUCCUGUUGGGACGCCGGCCCCCGUUCCAUGUCCUGCAGGAACCUUCAGCUCUGUAGCAGGCAACACCCGUGAGGAGAACUGCACCGCCUGUUCCCCUGGAUUCUAUUGUCCAGUUAAAGGAACCAUUGAGGCCAGCCUGUGUCCUGCUGGUCAUUACUGUCCCCCUGGACUUGUGACGGGAAACAGGUUUCCAUGUCCAGCUGGAACCAUGAAUCCACAUUUGGGAGCUUCCAGCCCUGACGCCUGCGAGCCGUGUCCCUCUGGGAUGUUCUGCUCACAGCCUGGUCAGUCGCAGCCCACUGGACCAUGUGAGGCAGGGUUCUACUGUCCCGCUGGAUCGUCACGCUCUAACUCCACUGAGCAUCAGGAUAAUUCAAGCCAAACUCAUGUUUGCCCCCCUGGCCACUAUUGCCCCCAGGGAACUGGCUUCCCUCUCCCCUGCCCUGCAGGAUCCCUGUCCAGCUCCAGAGGGCUGAGAAGACGGGACGAGUGCCUCUCGUGCCCCUCUGGCAGGUUCUGUCGUCAGCCUGGAAUGGUGGCUCUCUCUGAGGCGCCACCGUGUGAUGCUGGAUACGUCUGCCUGAGUGGAAGUCCCAGUCCCACCCCAUCAGACGGCUCCCAUGGCUACCUCUGCCCUGCAGGCCACCGCUGUCCCGCUGGCUCAGCCACUGAGCUGCCCUGUGAGCCUGGCACUUACAGCCUGGCACCAGGAGCAGCUGAGUGCCGCGCGUGUCCCAGUGGGACGGUGUGUUCUUCCUUUGCCACUCGAGAGCCCGCGACCUGCCCUGCUGGUCACUACUGCCCAGCAGGAGCAGCUCUGCCACUGCCCUGCCCUUUAGGGACCCUGAGCAAUGGAACAGGGGCCAACACUCUCACUGCCUGCACUGCCUGCCCCGCGGGGGCCUUCUGCAACACGUUGGGAGCCUCGACACCACAGGGUAAGUGUUUGCAGGGCUACUUCUGCCAAGGUGGGGCCCAAGCACCGGCGCCACACAGUUCCGACAGCUUCCCCCUUAACGGAGCGUGCCCUGUUGGCCACUAUUGCCCCGAGGGAUGCCUCGCCCCGGUUCCCUGUCCCUUUGGAAGUGUCCGGAACACCACCGGUGGAGUGUCGGUGGAGAGCUGCCUGAACUGCCCUGCAGGCCACUACUGUUCUUCAGAGGGUCUUGUCAACCCGAAUGGACCGUGUGCCGCGGGUUUCUUCUGCCCCUUUGACUUCUCUUCGACGACACCAUACGCUUUUCUCUGCCUCAAGGGUCACUACUGCCCGACAGGCUCUCCCAUGGCACUGCCAUGUCCCACAGGAGAGUACCAGCCAAAUCCUGGCUCAGACAGAUGCAUCCCCUGUCGCCCGGGAUUCUACUGUGAGGAGGCCGUUGCUGGAGACCCCCACUUGUGCCCACCUCACUCCUUCUGCCCGGCAGGCACGAUGGUGCCGCGUCCCUGUCCAGAUGGAACCUACACGCCUCCUAACAAGACAGGGCUGCUGGAUGAAAGAGAGUGCUGCCCCUGCCCUCCAGGAAAGUUCUGCAGAGCCGGGAGGAUUCAGGGUGUGUGUGCUGCAGGGCAUCUCUGCCUGUCAGGCAGCGCCGAGUUCACACCACCGGGACCAAUUCCCAACGUCUCCCAGUGUCAGUGGGGCGUGGCAUGUGCCGGACCAUGUCCACCAGGUUUUUACUGUCCAGAGGGCACAGAAGGGCCUCAGAUAUGUCCUGAAAACACCUUUCGGGGCUUCCCGGGAGCAGCCAAUUUACUGGAUUGCCUGGCUUGUCCGCCAACACACUGGUGUAAACAAGGGGACCCAUUUCUUCAUCUCUGCCCGGCCGGCCAUUACUGCGAUGCCUUGCCUGGCAGUGAUUUUCAUGGAGUGACGGGUCCGAAAGCUUGUCCGCUGCACAGCUAUCGAGCCUCCCCCGGAGCAGGCAGCAGGGCUGAGUGCCUCCCUUGCCCGCCGGGCUUCCACUGCAACAACACAGGUCUGUCCGACUACACCAGCAGCCCAUGCCCACCCGGCUACUGGUGCUCUGGCGUUGGAUCCCCAGUGCUCUGCCCUGCCGGCACUAAGCGGUCCACUCCAGGUGCAGGCUCGCCCCGUCAGUGUGAGCCUUGUGGAGGAGGAACCUUCUGCCCAGAUCCGACUGCCACUGGAAAACCUAACGUGGAUGGGACCCCCUGCAGGGCGUCUUAUGAAUGUCCGACAGGUGCCGCGUCAGAAAGGUUAUGCAGAGCUGGCUCGUACUGUGGACCGCAGACUGCUGAGCCUCAGACGUGUCCUGAAGGUUACAUUUGUCCCGAGGGAUCAGAUUCUUACGAUUCGCCCAAACAACUCUGUCCAUUCCCCUACUACUGCCCGGCAAACAGCUCCGCCAUGAAGUCCUGCCAUGAAGGAACCAUGCCCGUUCAUGUUAGUGGGCCAAGAGGUUCCAGAAGUAGCAGCUGCGCUCUGUGUGAGGGCGGGACCUACCGUCCUUAUCGCUCCCCAAACCUGCAAUGCCUCCACUGUCCAGCGGGAUAUUUCUGCCCUGCAGGAACCGGCGACUACAGAAGCAGCCCAUGUCCUUUUGGGUACGUUUGUCCGGUUGGAUCGGACCGACCCACUCCCUGCCCACCUGGCUCCUUUGGAAACAUCACACAGGCUGAAAGUAGCAAUGACUGCCACGCAUGUCCCACCAACACCUUCAACCAUCUCCCAGGACGGAAGGCAUGCUUCCCUUGUGGGAGUUCCUCCACGUCUCCACCAGGUUCCACCUCAUGUUCCUGUUUGGGUAAGAACCGAGCGUUCCAUCCUUCUGACGGCCUCUGCCUGUGCCGGACUGGGUUCAUAUACUACAACCUACUGGAUUUUAAAAGUUCGGCGUCUGACAGUGAAUUGGACUGUCAACCUGAGAUGAACCGACGAUGCGCCACAGGUGAGGUCAGGCUGGCAGCGUCCAGAGAGUGUGUCUCGCCAUCACGUCACUCCUGCAAUAGAACCUGUGGUCCUCAUGGAGGAUCUCUGAACGCAGAGAUGGGCAUCUGCCAGUGUGCCAAGUACGUUUCUUCCGAGGAGCUGUGCAACACUUCAUGCCUCUCCAGAUUAGCACAGCUCUCUGCCCAGCCCAGCCCUGAUGGAAGCCUGCUGCUUAGCAUCGGAGAUAGAGGAGCUGCCGUCUGGUCAAGGACAGUUAAAAAUGUUCUUGGGCCUGAUGUUCAUGCCAAGAAUAUUUGGACAGCCCAUCUGGUCCAGUUUGAUUCAGAAGGAAUUUUCGGGUGGAUUCCAGCACGUGAAGGAGCCGUUGACCGGUUUCUCUCAGAGGGAUCAAAUUCCAGACAGAGGAGAGACGUCGAACAUACAGAAGGCGAUGGACUCCCUCGUAUUCCCAAUCCGAUUGUGUGUGUCUCUGUAGACGACAUGCUGCUUUUCCAUCUCACCAUCAAUCACGCAGAUCGACAUCUGAGCCACUUCCCCGUCUACUAUAAAGACCACCUGUUUAACAGCAACCCCGGCUGGGACUCUGGUGUCUUCAGACAGCUGGAGACACUCAUCACACAGAGCAGCUUCAACUCCACAAUGUUUGCUCACGUGUUUUCAGAAAGAGGGAAGUAUGUUUUCUUGGACGCUUCCGUCCCAGACUGGAGUCUAGUGGUGGUGGUGAGUGAGGAGGGGACUGAAUGUGACCCUCGAAACACAGCCUUCCAGCCCAUGACCCCAUCGCAGCUGCUGCGCUACGGAGUCGUCAAACAGCAUGGACUAAAUCUUCUGCCAAACUGGGACGUCAUAACAGGGGUCCUGUGUCUUCUGCUGGUGCUUGUUGUGGUUCUGACCACCAUGGUGUUGGUUUUACGGCCCAGCAAAGUCGCACUAGUCACCCAGUGGAGGUCGAGGCCCAAGUGGAGGAGCCUCGGGGAACCGAUUGGACCCGUGGAGUGUGUUUGCAGCAGAGAGAGUCGUGCUUCCAGCUGGGCGGCGCCAAGCCUGGGCAGCCCCCUGACCAGCCGGGGUGUUGGAGAAGGAGCGGAAGCUGAGGAGCAUUCUGUUUCAAGGGGAGGAAGUGUGUUGAAGUUCAGCAACUUGGAGGGAUUCAAUGUGAAGACUCUGUACGACAAACUUGAAGAUCAGAAUCUCCACAUCGCAGCACAACUGGCCCGCCAUCGCAAAGACACGCAGGAGUUUUACAGCAACAUUUGCCAGCAGGUGGAAACCCUUCAGAAUUUCUUUGAGAAGAUGGAUCAUAAAAAAUUGGGUCUUCUCAAGGAGUUGCUUGUCCAUAACGCCAUGAUGGACAAACCAAAGGCAGAUGACCAAGCGGAAGCAUCUGCUGCGCUCCUGGAAGCUGUUCUCCGAUCUGUUGAGGUGCUCUUGUGCAGACUGUCUUUGGAGACGGAGCUGAGCGUCGCCUCUCACGCUCAGGCUGGUGUGGUCCAUGGCAGGGAGCCACAGAAUCCAUCAGCUGAGCCCCACAUGUCUGACCCACAGCGUUCAUCUGUGACCAAGACAGACGCUCUCCCUCAGGAGCACAACUUUCCGAAGCCGUCUGGUCUCAGUGAUCCAGAUCUCUCGAAGUUAGUCAGUGCAUCGCCUCUGUACAAGACACUGCUGGAGAUCCAGGACUAUCUGAAGAACGUGUCGGCAUCAGAUCCAUUCCAACUCCCCUGCGAUGGACCAACCGUGGAGGAAGACCUUCCCACUGAGCUUGUCCCCACAGCUCUUGACAAGCUCUCACCCCAACACUCAGCCAUUUUCCUGUUUGGUUGCCAGGUGAUGGAGCUGCUGUCCAGCUGCGCCCAGUUCCCUUCUGUGCUUCUCUUACUGGCUAAGUCAAUCCCAGUUUCAUCAGCGCUCUCUAAUAAAGGUCUCCUGGCUCAUUGCUCCGGGGACUGUUAUUUUGAUGCCACCAAUCAGAUUCUGUACUUGUUAGAGGCCCAGCUUCAGAGUGCAGGUCACUUCAUCGCAGCUCUGGUGCAGUCCAUGGCCUACAUUGCAUCAGGAUUCCAAACAAGUGGAUACUUGCUCAGUCUCCAUGAAGCCAUCGCCGCGUUGAGCCUUCAACUCUUCUUCUCCUCCAAAUGGAGCUCAACGGAGUGCAAAUCCGGCGCCACAUCUUGGUCGUGUGGCGAUGUGGUUGAGGAAUUGCUCAACAUUACAGUUCCCACUGAAGAACACUUCACUGAACAACUGAUGGCUGCAAGACUGGAGAAAUACAAGUAUUUUACUCUGGAGCAGCUUAUAUCAAACUUCAAAGAGAGUUCAACCGAGGACGGGCAGAAAGGACGGACACCAAGAGGGACGCCGCUGCAGGUAGCACCUACUCAGAUUCACCUGGAGAAUCUUUUCAUCACCCAACAAGUGCCAAACCAUCUGCAGACGUCCUGCAUCGAGGAGGAAAUAGACCGCAUGAAUGAAUCCUUUGUGAGGCUCAGCAUGGAGCUUCAGCAGAGAAGGCAUUUGAAAGUGAAGCAGAACGAAGAGGCGGAGGAUUCAAGCCAUUGGACGGGGGCGACAGCAGUCAGCACACCACGCUGGAGUCGUGAUGGAACGGCCCUGCUGGAACUCAAGAGACGCUACAUAUCACAGCGCCUCACUGAGCUCCAGCUCACGCUGAGCCAGCACCGAGACGGCGAGUCAGAGGAGAUGAGCGACGGUGUGCAGACGGGCGGCGCGGAGAGGGAACGGCUGCCUGGCGUGGAUGGGUGCUGGCGUUCGACCGACCCGUGCCAGGGUGAUAUUUCAGGACGGGAGAGUCAGAGCCAGAGAGGAGGUCCCGGUAACUUGAGUGGAGACUGUAGCCCAACUCCUGACCACCUCAGAUGAUCAGAAAUGUUACAGAGUCUUCACGUUUCCGGUGCAUGACAUCAGCCUCAUCAGAGCUGAGCGAGCUGCUGCCGAGCAAAAAGCACCGUUCUGCUGCUGACCGUAAUCGUCUGUGAUGCUCAGCAGAAAUUAUUUAUAGCAACACAUGUCUUGUCCAAAUAGUUUCCCGGUCAGGAGCUAACACAGACUCCUCUGACCGGCGCUUCAUUAGCAUAUUCUAACUAAGGCAAUAAACUCCAUCCCAACAAAGACAAGGUGACACUUGUUCUGGCUUUGGUUUCCACUCACAGCAGCGUCUCCCCUGUGUGAAGGUGAUGGUCGGCACCUUUCCAUGAAUAAUUCAUUCCACUCAACUCUUGUUUCUCUCGCUUCCUGCUGCACACAACUUUGACUGUUUUGUUGUUUUUUGUUUCUCCGACUCCUGUUGGAACUGGAGUGAGUUUUUGACAGCGCCUUUGUUUCAUAAUGCACGCCGGGUAUUUUGGGCUCGGGAGUGAGGCCUAUUGAGAAGGUCAGAUUGAACAAGUUUUCACCGGCUACCAGCGAUAGCUCAGAGGUCCCCGCGGGUUGAAACUGGCACUGCCUCUGUUUGUGUGUGUGAGUGUGAGUGUGUGGUGAAGUUGUUGGGAAAGAUUGCAGGCUUUAUCAAUGAGAUUAGCCGCCAUGCCUGGCUGACUCCACGCCUGCUACACUGUUGCAUCACGGCCCUCCUGGCCCUGCUGCUGUGGGUCUGUGUGAGGAAAUCUGCGCAUGAUGAUUUGCAGUGGCAACAUUACUGCUGCUCCAGUGGCUCAGAUGAACAGGCUAUUUUUAGGAAAGCCUGUGUCUGCCUCAUGUUUGAGAUGCCAUGUGAUUGUUGCUGUGGGGAUUGCGGGUCUUUUUUAGGCCUGUAUUGUGUUGCGUGUUCAAUGUGAUAAAUGGUAUAUAUUCAAAGUAUCCGCUGCCUCACUCAAUGCACAUUAACAGUGAGGCCAUAACUAUGCAGAUUCUCUUUUUCCCAAUGCUAAAUGGCUUUUAAAAAACUAUGUAAUCCUCUAUUUUAUCAUCUCUUUUUUAUCAGUGACAGCAUUUGAGCUACUCUACAAUUUAGCAACUGAAUCCAUUGCACAGUCCAAGGCAUUGGACGGUUAUUAGUUGCAGGACUCUUCAGUCGCCACUGUUUGGUGGUUAGUGUUUGGAAUACAAAGCUACACAGUCAUGAAGCUAGUACUGUGUGUGUGUGUGUGCUGACAACAACAAAAAAAAUGUGGCCCAAAUAUUUGCAAAGGAACAGCUGAAAAAAACAAUGUUAAUAAUGAACAACUUUUAUAACAAUAAACUUUGAAAAAACAAAAACAAUAAUAAUAAUAAUAAUAAAAAACAGUCUAUGUAUUUACACAACACU